AUGAAAGUCACCCUUAAGGAAUGGAAUGCCAUCGCCACUUGGCACUGGGACAUCCCAGAAGAUGAGGUCUGUGGUAUCUGUCGCGUCCAGUUCGACGGCACCUGUCCGACCUGCAAAUUCCCCGGUGACGAUUGUUCCCUGCUUCUCGGCAAAUGCGGCCAUUCGUUUCAUAUGCAUUGCCUUUUAACCUGGAUCCAACAAGAAUCCUCCAAGGGGUUAUGUCCAAUGUGUCGACAAAAAUUCGAAUGGAAACAAACUGAGGAGUCGGAAGAGGCAUAA